UCAUGUCGGCCCCCGCCGGGUCCCCUCACCCGGCCGCCGGCGCCCGGAUGCCGCCCAAGCUCGGCGGAGCAGCCUCCGGCCUGGCGCCGCCGCAGCAGAACGGUCCAGCACAGAGUCAAAUGCAAGUUCCAUCUGGCUAUGGGUUGCCGCAUCAAAACUAUAUGGCCCCCUCAGGACAUUACUCUCAAGGACCUGGGAAAAUGACCUCAUUGCCAUUGGAUAACCAGUGUGAUAAUUACUACUCUCGUCCAUAUACAGGACCAUCACAAAGUGUGGGGACUCCUAGCUCAGCAAACCAACCAGGAGCACAGCAGAUGUAUGGCAGAGGACCUCCUGCCCCUCACAUGGGGGGAUCUGCUCCAGGAUCUUUCCAAGGAGCUCCAGCAUCAGCGUCCCAUUCGUAUACGAGUGCCUCCCAGCCCUAUUCCUCAUUUGGGAAUCGCUACAGUAGUCCUGCCACAUAUUCUGCCAACUCCUCUGCUGCUUCUCAGGGAUAUCCCUCUACCUGUAGUCAUUAUCCUAUCUCGACUGUUUCUAAUGUUGUGUAUCCUAAUGUUUCAUAUCCCUCACUGCCUGCCAGUGAGCCAUAUGGGCAGAUGUUUACCUCACAGAGUGCUCCGCCUACCAGGGCAGUCAAAGAGUCCUACUCUGGCCCAAGCACAGCUAUUACCUACCCAUCAAGACCUCCACCUCCACCUUCCCAGCAGCAGCAGCAGCCGCCACAGAGUCAUUCAGGAUACAGUUCUCUACCCUGGCCAGCUCCAGGCCUUCCACCAGCCCAAGACAGUCUCACCCGAAACCAAAUGGGAUCCCUGGCUACGGCCAAUAGCCACCCAACAAAUAAUGAAAAUGUCCAACCCCCCAAGUCCAGCUCCGUAGUACCUACAGUUUUGCCAGGACCCUCGUCAACAAGAAUGCCACCUCCUCCAAGUCACCCGGUUGGGCCUGUGCCCUCGGGUCCACCACCUCCAGAGCAAAUGCAGACAAAAGUCAGGUUUCCAGUACCUAGCCUUGCUGGAUGUGGCAAGUGGCGCCUGAGCAGAGACCCUGGACUGUGGGGAACUUGCAUCGGUCGGAUGAGGGAACGCCCCCCAGAGAAGUUCGCAAAUAAAGGCAUGCAGUAUGGUGACUAUGUUAAUAAUCAAGCUAGCUCCACACCAACUCCCUUGUCAUCAGCUUCCGAUGAUGAGGAAGAGGAGGAUGAGGAUGAGGAAGCAGGUGUUGACAGUUCCUCUACCACAAGCAGUGCAUCACCCUUGCCCAACAGUUACGAUGCCCUGGAAGGAGGCAGCUACCCAGACAUGCAUUCUUCUGCAAGCAGCCCUGUUCCUGAUCGUGCCCUGGAACCUAACCCUACCCUCGCCCAGGCUCUGUCUGCAGCCCCCACCCCCACUGCUGCUCAGCCAGCAAAGGUAGCAAAGCCUUUUGGCUAUGGCUACCCGACUCUGCAGCCUGCUUACCAGAAUGCAGCACCACCGCCAGCCCCUGGAGCACAUCCCAGUGGCCCAGCGUAUUCUGGGUAUCCUCAGCAUUACCCAGGUGUGAACCAGCUGUCCUUGGGUCUAGGGGGACUCAGUCUGCAGAGUUCUCCACAGCCAGAGAGCCUCCGGCCUGUAAACCUCACCCAAGAGAAGAAUAUCUUACCUGCGACUCCUAUUUGGGCUCCUGUACCUAACCUGAGUGCAGAACUCAGCAAGCUAAACUGUAGCCCAGAUUCGUUUCGAUGUACCUUGACAAACAUCCCGCAGACGCAGGCUUUACUGAACAAAGCUAAGCUUCCCUUAGGAUUGUUGUUGCAUCCCUUCAGAGACCUGACGCAAUUACCAGUGAUUACGUCAAACACCAUUGUGAGGUGCCGAUCGUGUCGGACGUACAUCAACCCUUUCGUGACCUUCAUCGAUCAGCGUAGGUGGAAAUGCAACCUGUGCUAUAGAGUUAAUGAUGUUCCUGAAGAGUUUCUGUAUAACCCCCUGACUCGGUCUUACGGAGAGCCUCACAAACGACCAGAAGUUCAGAAUUCAACUGUGGAGUUCAUCGCUUCCUCGGACUACAUGCUUCGUCCUCCUCAGCCUGCAGUCUACUUGUUUGUUUUAGAUGUGUCUCAUAAUGCAGUGGAAGCUGGGUAUUUGACAGUUUUGUGCCAGUCGUUAUUAGAAAACUUAGACAAGCUUCCUGGAGAUUCACGAACAAGAAUAGGAUUCAUGACUUUUGACAGCACUAUUCAUUUCUACAAUUUACAAGAAGGGUUAUCCCAGCCUCAGAUGCUGAUUGUAUCCGAUAUCGACGAUGUUUUUCUGCCCACACCGGAUAGUUUGCUUGUGAAUCUGUAUGAAAGUAAAGAGCUUAUAAAAGACCUACUGAACGCAUUACCAAAUAUGUUCGUCAAUACCAGAGAAACACACAGUGCCCUUGGGCCUGCACUUCAGGCUGCCUUCAAGCUAAUGUCCCCCACGGGUGGCCGGGUGUCAGUAUUUCAGACACAGUUACCUUCCUUGGGGGCGGGACUUCUGCAGUCCAGAGAAGAUCCAAAUCAGAGGUCAAGUACCAAGGUGGUGCAUCAUCUUGGCCCUGCAACUGAUUUUUAUAAGAAACUUGCUUUAGAUUGCUCAGGACAGCAGACUGCAGUGGAUUUGUUCCUUCUAAGUUCACAGUAUUCUGACCUUGCUUCUCUGGCGUGCAUGUCCAAGUACUCUGCUGGCUGCAUAUUCUACUAUCCAUCUUUCCACUCUACCCACAAUCCUUCGCAAGCAGAAAAGUUACAGAAAGACCUAAAACGGUACCUCACUAGGAAAAUUGGAUUUGAAGCUGUUAUGAGAAUAAGAUGCACUAAAGGGCUUUCAAUGCACACCUUCCAUGGAAACUUCUUUGUCCGUUCCACUGACUUACUGUCUCUUGCCAACAUCAAUCCUGAUGCUGGAUUUGCGGUGCAGCUGUCAAUUGAAGAAAGUCUGACAGAUACUUCCUUAGUGUGCUUUCAGACAGCUCUGUUAUAUACAUCAAGCAAAGGUGAACGGAGAAUUAGAGUGCAUACGCUUUGCUUGCCCGUGGUAAGUUCACUCGCAGAUGUCUAUGCAGGAGUGGAUGUGCAAGCUGCCAUCUGCCUUCUGGCCAACAUGGCUGUGGACCGCUCCGUGUCCUCAAGCUUGUCGGAUGCCAGGGACGCCUUGGUGAAUGCUGUGGUGGACCCGCUGUCUGCCUACAGCUCAGCAGUGUCGAGUGCGCCUCGCUCCACCCUGACGGCACCAAGCUCGCUUAAGCUGCUCCCACUCUAUGUUUUGGCGCUUCUCAAGCAGAAAGCAUUUAGAACAGGUACAAGCACGCGCCUGGAUGAUCGAGUAUAUGCCAUGUGCCAGAUGAAGUCUCAGCCACUUGUUCAUCUGAUGAAAAUGAUCCACCCCAACUUAUACAGAAUAGACAGGUUGACAGACGAGGGUGCCAUACAUGUCAGCGACAGGGUAGUGCCUCAGCCGUCCCUUCAAAAACUGUCUGCAGAGAGGCUGACCAGAGAAGGCGCUUUCCUCAUGGACUGUGGCUCAGUGUUUUACAUUUGGAUUGGCAAAGGCUGUGACAAUAACUUUAUAGAGAAUGUGCUUGGCUGUCCUGAUUUUGCAGCAAUACCACAGAAAAUGACACAUCUUCCAGAACUGGACACGCUUCCAUCAGAAAGAACUCGAUCCUUUAUAACUUGGCUUAGAGACAGCCGACCAUUGAGCACUGCCCUUCACUUGGUAAAAGAUGAGAGUCCUGCCAAAACAGACUUUUUUCAGCAUUUGAUUGAAGACCGCACGGAAGCUGCAUUCUCCUACUAUGAGUUUCUGAUUCACAUUCAGCAGCAGAUCUGUAAGUGAUGUAAACAAAGCUGGACCAGGAUGACCAGCUCCGCAGCCAGGUGGGCUCAGUCCAUCAGAGAAGCACACGGGCUUGACACGAGGUACUAGCUGUUAGAAGACAUGGUGCACAUCACUGUCUAAGGCGUGGGUCAGAGAUACCGGGAAGAGAGAGCUAGGCAGAGCCCCGCCAGCGACGCUGAUCAACGCGGCGUGUGGAGUUGGUGUCUAGUAGUUCCAGGACUGACUAGUGCUCUUCUGCCAGGCAACAGACCUGAGGACCAUGGAAUGACAUGUCAUAAUCUAAAACUAGAUAAAGUCAUCUUCCAAUUAACAGCUCUGGACUUGAACUCUGACAGGAGAUGACAAAGGGCAGCGGUACUGUGUUGUUUGUAUGAGUUACUUUUUAACAGGAAUGAUCCAUAGUCAUUAAAUGGAUUCAACAUUUUCCCUGUAAAGGCAAUAGAGUUUCAGUAUAUGAACUAUAGGAAAAAAUAUAUAUAAUGUACAUAAGUGUUACAUUUGUAAAGAAAAUGUAAAUGUAACUAAAUAUGAAUUGCUUCAACAGUGCUGCAUUGUUGGAUGACAACUCUUUGUCACAGUUAGGGAAUGAGGUUGACUAAUGCAUAUUAUGAAUUGAGUCCACAAAAGAAACACAAAACUUUGUAAUUCUGUUAAAUCUUUUAUGUGGAUUUAUUUAUGAUCAGCCUACUAAUUAAAAAUAUUUUGCUUGACAGUUGGUUUGGUGCUUUGUUUGUAGAAAUUCUUUGGUUUGGUGGGAUUGGUGGUUUUGGGUUUUUUUU